AUGGAGACCCUCCAGCAAAUAACGGAAGAAAGAGAGCGUGAAAAAGCAGACAGAAAUCACGAGAAAGAGCUGGAGAAGUUACGGUUAGAGGCAGAACUUAGUCGACAGCCAGGAAGUCAGUCCCAAAACGUGCAAUCGACUCCCAGAACCGAGAACAUAGACAUGUCGAGGUUCCUUCAGCCAUUCAAGAUAGGGCAGGACAUCGGUCUAUUUCUAGUAAAUUUCGAACGUGCGUGCGAAAGGGAGAACUAUGCGAGGGAUUCGUGGCCGGCUAGACUAAUGACGGUUCUACCAUGUGAGGCGGCCGAUAACAUAGCGCGCCUCUCCGCGGAAGAUGCGAAGUGUUAUGAUAAAGUCAAACAGAGCCUGUUAAAGAGGUUUCGUCUAUCAGCUGAGGCAUUUCGUCUAAGGUUCCGUGACGGAGAAGGCAGAAACGUGAGCAGUUACGCUGAGAGGGGGUACGACAUUAAAGCGAAUCUCAGGGAAUGGAUGAAAGGCGCGGAAGCAUUUGGGAAUCCGGAAAGGAUACUGGAAGUUAUUGCGCUCGAGCAAUUCUUCAACGAGCUACCCGACCAGGUGCGAAAUUGGGUACGAGAAAAAUCCGGUGUUGUCACCAUAGAAGCCGCCGCUGAUUUCGCAGACGAGUAUAUCGCUUUGAGAGGCAUGGACCUAAAAGAAGGGAAAAUGCCAGGGAGACAGAGGAAGCACUUUUCAGCGAACGCUCCAAAAAGGGAACCACGAAAUAAUGCCGCAGACGCGUCCGGGAAGGAUAAUCCCGUAAACGAGGACAGUAAGCGUAGGGAAGGGCGCGACGAAAGGCAGAAAACGAAAGCGUUCGAAAAGAAACGACCCAUUGUCUGUCACCGUUGCAAAGAAGAGGGUCACAUCGCCGCAGGCUGUAGGAAACCGCGCGUUGCCCUAGCUUACGAGAGUGACAGCAAUGACGAGGAGGAUGAACUAAUGAAGCCGUACCUUUACGAACUGCACAUAAACGGUCGUCCUUGUACGGUGUUGCGCGACAGUGGAGCUAGCCUUGAUCUUGUACACCCGUCCUUCGUUUCCCCCGAACACUACGUGUCAAAAUGCGUCUGGAUAAGACAGGUUAUGGAGGAGCGAAGUGUGUGCCUACCGGUAGCGGAAGUUUGUAUACAGGGUCCUUUUGGGGAAUUCCGUACGGAGGCAGCAGUGUCCGAUAAGCUGCCUGAGAGGUAUCUCUACCUGCUAUCGAAUCGUACAGCUCAUUUGAUGCGAAAGGCGGGUAUCAAAAUUGAUCAGGAGGGAGUAUUCGCCGUAACGAGGGCAAAAGCUCGCGAGCUAAGAAUGAGAGAAGCCGAAAAGACUGAAGGGGAUCAGAAUAUCCAGGGAAGCGAUGAUCAGGUACCGAGCGAGAACGGUGUGGACUCGGAUGACCCCGACGUUAAUCAGGUUGGCGAGUACCUCGCGCCGGCAAAUGGAGCGCUGAAAAGUCUAACUAAGGUCAGCAAGGAUGAAGUAAUCAGACUCCAAAAGGAAGACGUGACGCUAGCAAAAAUCCGCGAUGCGCACAAAGAGGGAAUCGCGAAUAAAAAUGUGAAGGUCGUGGUACAGGAUGGCCUACUUUACCGGCACUAUGAAGACCGGAAGGGAACAGUAACUGAUCAGCUGGUUGUACCGCAGAGUUUGCGCGCCGAUAUCCUCCAAAUGUGUCACAGUAACUCGUGGGCCGGACACCUGGGUGUACGUAAGACAAAACAACGUCUCCUUCAGGAAUGGUAUUGGCCAGGCUGCUUUAAAGACGUGGAAAUGUACGUGAGGGCAUGUGACACAUGUCAGAGAGUGGGCAAACCUAAUGAGCGUUGUAAAGCACCACUUACAUUGGUGCCUAUCAUCUCCGAACCUUUCCGCCGGUUGGUUAUUGAUGUUGUCGGGCCUCUUCCUGCAUCUCGAUCGGGUUUCAGGUACAUCCUAACGAUGAUAUGCCCUGCAACUAAAUUCCCCGAGGCAGUACCACUGAAGGAACAGUGUUCUUCCGAGAUCGUUGACGGUCUCUUAUCGGUUUUUGCGCGUAUCGGGUUUCCAAGCGAAAUUCAGUGCGAUAACGGGUCAGUAUUUACGAGCGCGCUGACAGCCACCUUUUUGGAGAAAUGCGGAAUCCGAGUUAUCCACAGUUCGUUACACCACCCUCAAAGCAACAGCGUUGAGAGGUGGCACUCGGUGUUAAAGCGCGUCCUCCGAGCACUUACUCACGAGUACAAAACGGACUGGGAGUCGAGUCUACCUGGGGCCAUGUUUGCUUUGCGUUCCGUUCCGCAUGAGACGACAGGUUUCAGCCCCGCGGAACUGGUAUACGGGCGUGAACUACGUUCACCCAUGAGACUGGUUAGGGAACACUGGGAAGGCAAGAGUGGCGACCGGACUGUUGUGGAGUACGUCUUGGACCUUCUGCAGAGAUUGCAAGAUACCAGGGAGAUCGCGGAAGCGAAUAUGCGAGAAUCUCAGGAACGCGCUAAGACCUACUACGAUAGGAACGCCCGCCCGAGAACCUAUAAAGAGGGAGAUAAAGUACUGGUCCUCCGACCCACGCGGGCUAAUAAACUUCAGGUACACUGGGAUGGUCCCUUUAAAGUUCUGCGAAAACUGUCCGACACCACUUAUAUGGUAGAAUUUCGGGGCAGAAAGAAAGAGGUCCGAACGUACCACACAAACCUAAUGAAACCGUACAUUGAAUCUACCCAUGUCGUAAGUGUUGCCUUGAACAUGCCGGAGGAACAGCCGGCCGAAAUUCUCGAAUGGGGCGAAAUCACUUCUCUCGUGCCUAACACGGAAGAAAUUGUGAAAACUGUAGUGGCAGAGGGAAGUCUGAACGACUCUCAAGUAGACGACUUACGGGAACUGAUCAGUGAGUUCGGGGAACUAUUCUCUGACAAACCGGGGAAGACGCACCUAAUCUGUCAUGAUAUCGAGCUUACAACCGACGUGCCAGUACGUUCUAGGCCCUAUCGAAUAUCUCCGCGACAAGAAGCAAUAAUGAAAAGAGAAAUUCAACGUAUGCUGGAUUUGAAUGUCAUUGAAGAAGCUGAGAGCGACUAUGCGAGUCCCAUGAUCAUUGUCGAGGCUCCGGGGAAAGAGCCACGCCCGUGCAUCGACUACCGUAAACUGAAUGCGGUUACGACAACCCAGGUAUACCCGAUUCCAAAUCUGGAAGAACGUGUGGAAAGGGGGUUACUGGCAAGUGCCAAUGUCGGAAAGGGCAAAAAGAUACGCGGCUUUUACGACACCGGUGGGGACUUUUCGGCCAUUAAUGUUAAGCUUCGGCUUGAAAAAUGCGCCCUUCUGUUUCUCACGUUUGAUGGACCAGCGGUCCAGCACCCACGCAAGAGAAAAGGCGAUGCCUGCCGUAAACCCCUUGGGGAAGAGGAGCUGCCCAAUGAGAUUGACCAAUGUCCAAAGAGGGAGAGGAUCUACCCUAUGUCUGGAGCCUUCACCUUGGCACAGUUCGGCUGUAGAGAUAUUGGGACUCUUCUGCGUCAGUCGAAAACCUGCCCGUCGUCAUCUGGCUCGGAAAAACCAACCUCGUCCAACUACCAGCGUUGGGCUGCUUCUCGUCCGAGGUCAACCCGGGGCGGCGACGAGCUGUUGUGA